CACGUUGUUCAAUGUGUAGUGGUCGCAGUGAAGAGCAUCGGGAACAUCAUGAUGGUGACCUUCUUGCUAGAAUUCAUGUUUGCUGUAAUCGGGGUGCAACUGUUUGCCGGAAAGUUCCACUCGUGCAACGAUGGAUCACGUCUUCGUGAGAUUGACUGCCGUGGUCAAUUCAUCACGUACGAGGCAAACGAUAUUAACCGACCAGUGGUGUAUAACCGAACCUGGAUGAACAAUCCGUUGAACUUCGAUUAUGUACCAAAUGCUAUGCUGACAUUGUUCGCUGUGUCUACAUUUGAAGGAUGGCCCGGUCUACUAUACCGCUCCAUCGAUUCCUAUGCGGAAGACUAUGGAAAGGUGUACAAUAAUCGUCCGAUUGUGGCAAUUUUCUACGUUGCCUACAUCAUUGUGAUUGCCUUCUUCAUGAUCAACAUCUUUGUUGGUUUCGUCAUCGUCACAUUCCAACAAGAAGGUGAACAAGAAUAUAGAAAUUGUGAAUUGGACAAAAAUCAGUUCAACUAUCCCGUUGCAUUGAGUCCUCACAACCAGGUUGAAGGUGGACUAGAUUCCUGUUUGUCUCCUGAGUAUACCGAACUCAAGGUCGUUGCUUGUGGAUCUUUAACUUCUUGCCUACCGUUUUUGCCCUAUGUUACCGAAUCAGCCGGUAUCGAUGGUCCCCACUUGAUCCGACGCAGGCGUGAAAUUGCCAUAGAGGCAUAUCCCAACGAUACUAUUGUAAAUCGGACAAUGGCAGCAGUAGCGGAAUCUGCAGCCCAAUCCAGCGGGGGUCUGAGUGAUGGGGCUUUGGCUGCGGCUAUUGUAGUCCCGAUUCUUGUAGUCAUUCUGGCUGCGCGCAAGUGUAUUGAAUUCUCCUUGAAAGCCCGCCCGGUCAAACGAUACAUACCAAAACAGAAUUUCCAGUAUCGAAUUUGGUGGUUCAUCACCUCUCAGCCGUUCGAGUAUUGCAUCUUCAUCUUCAUUCUGAUCAACACAAUCUCCUUGGCAAUGAAAUUUGAAGGACAACCUGGUGCUUAUGCUGAUGCACUGGACUACUUGAACAUGAUAUUCACCGGAGUUUUCACGGUGGAGUUUGUGUUGAAGCUUGCUGCCUUCGGUUUCAAAAACUAUUUCAGCGAUGGAUGGAACGUGUUCGAUUUCAUCAUAGUAAUCGGAAGCUUCGUUGACAUUAAUAUGUCGCAUUUGGCGGAAAAAUCGAAGUUCAUCAGCAUCAAUUUCUUCCGACUUUUUCGCGUAAUGCGGCUUGUUAAAUUAUUGAACAAAGGAGAAGGCAUCCGCACUCUACUAUGGACGUUUGUCAAAUCGUUCCAGGCUCUUCCGUAUGUAGCUCUUCUGAUCACCAUGUUAUUCUUCAUCUAUGCGGUCAUUGGAAUGCAAAUGUUUGGAAAGAUCGCUUUGACCAACGUGGACAGUGCGAUAAAUCGGAAUAAUCACUUCCAAACCUUCCCUCAGUCUCUGCUUGUCCUUUUUCGAUCGGCAACAGGCGAGGCAUGGCAAGAGAUUAUGCUCAGUUGUGUGAACGAACCCGCCGUCAAAUGUGAUCCACAUUCCGAUUCCGAAAUGAAAGCCGUUCGAGCCUAUUUGGAACAGAUUGGAAUUUUUGAUUCGAACCUCACCUUACCAGAUAAUCGAACUUUGCUACUUGAACAGAACACGACCACUCCACUAUUUUCAGAUAAUAUGAAUUGGACAGCAUAUUCUACUUCGCCCAACGGUGAUUCUGUACAUAGAGUAAACCAGACAAAGUUUUACGGGACAUUCGAAAAUCACGUGCAACCACAUACACUACCCACUUCCUCCCUUCCCUAUCCCGAUCAAUGGACCCAUUCAUUCCCGGCGUUUAAACCCCCCAAUGCGCAACCAUUCGAUCCAAGCCUAACUCCACCUCGACUUGAACGACUUCGUAAGCAGGUUCAAUAUGAUGAAUACGAGGACGAUAUGGAGGUGCCGUCAGCUGAUCCAGCCGGACUGUCAGAUGUCACACCCGACCCCUAUGGGGAAUCUUCGAAUCCACUGGACUGGCAGUUCCCUCUACCGAAAGCAAAACUCGAGGAGUUGGGUUACUUCGGGCCGACGGCCAACUGUGGAUCGAACUUUGCUUAUCCUUUUUUCAUCUCAUUCUAUAUGGUCUGCUCGUUUUUGAUUAUCAACUUGUUCGUUGCUGUCAUCAUGGAUAAUUUUGACUACCUCACAAGGGACUGGUCAAUACUGGGCCCUCACCACCUGGAUGAGUUUGUUCGUCUCUGGUCGGAAUACGAUCCCGAAGCGAAAGGACGCAUCAAACAUCUGGAUGUCGUUACUCUGUUGCGUAAGAUAAACCCGCCUCUUGGGUUUGGUAAACUCUGUCCACACCGCACUGCCUGCGUGACUCUAGUGCGCAUGAAUAUGCCACUAAACAGCGAUGGUACCGUUAUGUUCAACGCCACUCUGUUCGCCCUGGUUCGUACAAAUCUGAAAAUUAAAACUGAAGGUGCACCGAUUGACCAGUUGAAUGAAGAACUGCGUACUGUGAUCAAGAAGAUUUGGAAACGUACAAGUCCCAAACUUUUGGAUCAGGUUGUUCCUCCUGCAGGUGGAAACGAUGAUGUGACUGUGGGGAAGUUCUACGCAACAUUUCUCAUUCAAGAAUGGUUUCGUCGUUGGAAGCAAAAGAAGGCUGAGGAACAAAAGGCACUGCUUCACGGGCAGGGCAAGCGUCAUUCCAUCAUGCCUUUCAAAGGGAAACCACCGCUGCUGACUCUUGACUCACAACACACGUCUGGAAUUUUCGGUCACGCAAACUCAUCAGACGAAGGAGGCGGCGGCAGCGGAAAACCGGAAAAUGGGAGUUUCACUGAACCAGACAGCCACUCCGGUCUACUGGGUUCGAUGAUGCAGGUCUUUCAACGCGUCGGCAGUUCCAGACGUCAAUCUAGCGUGUCCAGAACUCUCAGUCCUCACGACCUUGAACAAGCUUCCUCGCGAAGGUCCUCUGCGUCCCCAACCGCUCCGGAGAAGGACAGGUUCCGCGAAACUAUUCCUCACGAACACAAACGAGAUGCGGAGCAAAAAAGUCACGUUCUAACAGCUAAGUCGGGUGCACAGCGGCGGAUGUUGCCUGUUGCUGGGACAAAACCUUCCGCCCCUCCAUUAGAUGACCGUGGCACAACGAAAAGCAUGCAGUCAACACAGAACUUCUCAACCCUACCGAGGCCGGCUGAGCCAGUUUACAUGUCGGUUCCGUCCACUACCUAUCAACCACCUGAUACUGGAAUGGAAGACUGGUCUACCUCCGCAGGUCGUCUUACUUCAACCGUGGCUUCGCAACAUCCACGAACGACCGAGGUGCCUGUGACCAACCGCAGAAUGGAAGAUAAUCACAUUAUGGGGGCGCCAGUGUUUCGAUCCUCGAGUGUCUCAAAGAUGCCAUUCGUACAAGAAACGGGUAGUUUAGAGGAGGAUCGCCUAUCAAUACAACGGUCGGAGCCAAGUGUAACAGCGUCCGAGGGAAGUUCUACCGAUGGUCUUUCGUUCUACACCCGUGGAGAUACACCAAGCCCAGCUCCCUCUAUUGGUGCGGCCAUUCUCAGACCUAAUGUUUACCCUGGGACGUUGAACGAUAGGAGCUUGCGCAGACGUCGCCAGCCCCUAGAUGUCUCGGACUACACCGUGUACAGUAGCGUACCACGUGAUUACGCACUUGCAAAACCGCCCGACGUCGGUCAGUAUGCAGCUGCGGAGAUUGACAAACUCUGUGACAUUCCGCGGCCAGUAUGGAUGGCAAGUUUACCGGAUGCUCCAGUUCAACAGACCACCAACCGGCCAGAUCGACCAGGCCCAAAACGAAAAUACCGUCGUCAGCUCCCAGAAAUUCCUCAGAAAACCAAACCAUCACAGGACGAAGAUUACUCCAGUACAACACCUCUACAGCGUUUCACGUUUACCCCAUUGAACCAUAUGGAAAUACGGUUACCUGACCUCGACGCCUCGACGCAGUGGGUCGAAUACGCCGGGAAUCUUUCGCCAACGGGUACUGCGCAACAUGUUCUAGACAAACUGCCACCUGACUCCGCGCCUGCCAUUUUGUACCAGCCACCAUCCAUCGACAUUCACGGGCCUGCUCCGAGUAUGCCAUCUACUUGGACCCUGAGGGUCAAUUCACCUUCACCCCGGCGCCACCACGCAGCUCGCACUCGUCAUGUCUCCACUGGAAGCCUUUCACCAUAUGUUAACCUUUUAUCUGAGAGCGCUACGGUUAUUGGACCAAACUGGCUGGAUCAGCUGACAGAUGGGGUUACAUUGGAUGAGCUUCAAAGUGCGAUGGGACGCAGUAAAGCGCACGGAGUACUGCAGUGGGAUAAAGCACCCGAACUAGCUAGUGAUUGGACACGUCUGCAGCCUUGCGAGAUCCCAAUACCACGAGCAUCGUCACCUCCUCCACCUCCGGCACCAGAUCCUGUGACCUUGGUGGAUCGUCGAUUCGGUGGAAAGCGAUCUCAAGGUGUCACGUCGCUCAACUGUAUCUCGGGUAAUCCUGAUUCAUUUGGCCGGUUUCGCGUUUCUUCGCGUUCCGAAAACUCAUCGGCUCUGAUGGAUGGCCCAAAUCCCGCUGUUUCACGCAUUCGACUGCUUCCCAGGUCAUCGAAAGACGGAUUUUUACCAGCUGGACUGGAGGACAACCGUCAGUUAAGAUAUUUCAAUUCUUUCUUGCCGUACUUUGCGAAAAGUGUCGCACUUGUAGACCUAAUCAUGCACAUGACCAACUACGCGUACAGAGUUAGUUCCGCUCGCAGUGACUUCUACCGAUUCUACAUAUAUUGA